AGGAAUUUCGUGGUGAAAUUCUAUUUACAUGGGCAUAGAGCUAUUGCUAGUUUAGAUGAGAUCCAAAUUGCCAUUGUGAAAUUCAACCUCUAACCAGAAGCACAAACAUAAGUACACAUACACAUAGCACUCUUUUAUCUCUAAAUCACUCAUUUAGAUGAAGACAAUGGACAGUGACUUACGAAUAUAAAGGGCAGAGAGGAAAAUAUAUUGCAUAUCUGGUUUGUUUUUUGUUGUUGUUGCUUCUGCUGCUGCUGUGUUAGUGCAAAUGUGACAUCAAAACACUCACAGUAAUGAGAAGCCUAUACCCUCCCAAUAUGCAAAUAGCCAUCUUAUAACUUGAGGAUGUCAGUUGUGUCACAAGUCAGAAGGGGAACAGGAGGAAAAAACAGCUUCAUAGAUCAAAAGGAAGUAGGUCUCAGCUUAAAGACAGAGAAAUGGCAGAUUCUCUCGUAGUAUGUGAAGUGGAUGAAAGCCUGAAGGAAAAACUGAAGAAGUUCCGUUUCCGAAAAGAGACAAACAAUGCAGCCAUACUAAUGAAGAUUGACAUGGUAAAACAACUGGUAGUGGUGGAAGAGGAGUAUGAGGAUAUUACUCUUGAUGACUUGAGGGAAGAGCUCCCUGAACGUCAGCCCAGAUUCAUUGUGUACAGCUACAAAUAUAACCAUGCGGAUGGGCGUGUCUCAUACCCACUCUGCUUCAUCUUCUCAAGUCCAGUAGGGUGCAAACCUGAACAACAGAUGAUGUACGCGGGCAGCAAAAACCGUCUGGUUCAAACUGCAGAGCUGACCAAGGUGUUUGAGACUCGAAAUGCAGAUGACCUGACAGAAGAGUGGCUGAAAAACAAACUGGCAUUCUUUCGUUGAGAGGAACAAAACCUCUCCAAACCUUUUGUACAGUAUUGUCCAUAAAGUAUUGUUCUUUGUUUGUUGUUGUGCGGUGGACAGAAGUGAUCAUUUUGGACUUUAAAAUGAAAUACCACUUAAACAUUCAUUUAUACAAACAAAUAAGAUAACUUUUACAAACUUUUAUUUUAAACUGUACUACGAUAGA